AUGGGGGACGACGGACAAACCCCGAAAACUGCAGGCUUUAGGCAGCAGCAGCUGCAGCAGCAGCACCAGCACCAGCAGCAUGUUCAGCCGCAGCAGGCUGAGCAGCCGCCUAGUGAAGCUCUGCCGCCGCCGCCGCCGCAGCAGCAGCAGCAGCAGAAGGAUGAAGAUGAGCGAGACAGUAGCUGCCCUUCGUCUCCUGCAGGACAUCCGCAGCAGCUGCAACAACAAGAAGACCAAGCACGAGCAGCAGCAGCAGCAGAGCCUGUGGGGAGUAGCCCUGUUGUCUUGAGUGCUGCUGCUGCGCAUCAGUCCGAAGAAGCGGGACUUGAACAGACAGCAGCAGCAGCAAUGCGUGCUGCUGCUGCUGCUGCUGCUGCUGUAGUGCAUGCAGCUGCGGCUGCAGCUGUUGACGCAGCAGUUGCUGCUGCAAGCGCUGCUGGUGCUGAAGCAAAAGCGGAAGCAGCAACAGCAAGUGGGGAGGCCCAGCAGCUACCUGAGAUGAAGAGCUCUUCCCCCUACAGCAGCAGCAGCAGCAGCAGCAGCAGCAGCAGCCAUGAGACAACGGGGAGAGCCUCCCCUGCAGCACCGUCAGAAUGUGACUUAGGGCAGCUGGGCCUUUCAAACGAACCUGCUGCUAAUGCUGCUGCAGCUGCUGCUGCUGCACUUGCUGCUGCUGCUGAGGCGGCAGCAAGAGAGUCGCCUAACAGGGGCAGCAGCAACAGCAGCAGCGAGGGGGCUCUUGCUCCAUAUCUGAAUCAGUUGACGGCCCUGGCCCCCCCGCAGCAGCAGCAGCAGCUGCCUGUUGGCUGCGAGGAACACUUGACGGGGAAGCUCUCAAGGGAGGGCUUCUCUCCAGGCAGAACCCCGUAUGCAGCUGGCAGCGAGCAGCAGCAGCAGCAGCAGCUGCUGCUGCUGCCGCCGCCUGAAGGGGACACUGUAAGCAUUGGUACCUGUGAAUCCACGGAUGCGCAGCAGCAGCAGCAGCACCCGCAGCAGCAGCAACAGCAGCACCCGCAGCAGCAGCAACAGCAGCUUCAGCAGCUACAGCAGCAGCAGCAGCAGCAGCAGCUUGAGCUGCCCCAAUGUGGUGAGAGAAUGGAUGCGAUUGGCUGGGAGGGUGUGCCUCAGCAGCAUCAGCAGUUGCUGCUUCUGCAGGAGCAGCAGCAGCUGCUGAUGCUGCAGGAGCAGCAGCAGCAGCUGCUGCAGCCCUUGCGCUCGCCUCGAGACCCCUCCGCCCCCAUAGAAGAGCCGCCUUUUGCUGCUGCUGCCUUCGGGCAGCAGCUGCCGCAGCAAGACCAGCAGCAGCAGCAGCAGCAGCAGCAGCAACUCGCUUCGCAGGACAAUCCGGCGCAGAACGGCCCGGAGCGCCUGCAUGGCGCUGACAGCAGCAGCAGCAGCAGCAACAGCAGCAACAGCAACAGCAACGGUGGCGAGGAGUGCAGCAUGAAUGUGGAUGCGGAAGAGGGGGCUGCUGCUGCGCCGCAGCAGCUGCCGGCCUUAGCAGCACCUGCAUUUGCGAGUGUUCCCGAGCAGCAGCAGCAGCAGCAGCAGCAACAGCAGCAGCAGCAGCUCAUGCUGCAGCAGGGCCACUACCUGCAGCAGGAAGGGGCAGAUCCUCACGGCAGUACUUUAUGGGACUACGACAGCAGCAGCAGCAGCAGCAGCAGCAGCGCAACAUUCGAGCGACCGGUGCAGCAACAGCAACAGCAGCAGCAGCAGCAGCAGCAAGAGCAGCAGGAAGGCAUGCUGCUGCAGCAGCAGCAAGAAGAGUUCUUGAGGGAAGCAGAGGCCGUGGCAAAGCAGCCGCUGGCCUUCGAGUGUAUGGACACCGACUGCGGCCAGCAGCAACAACAGCAACAGCAGCAACAGCAGCAGCAGCAGCAGCAGCAAGAGCAGCCAGCUGAUGGCGCUGUGUCCUACGACACUGGCAGCAGCUCGGACGCGAGGACCGCUGCUGAGGAAGCUGAAGUUGAAGAGCUGCUGCAGUACUACGCGGCCCCUCGCCACUCCGACGGUCGAUAUCAUCACUUAAUUGCCCUAAUUUACCUUCACUUCUUAAGAGCGCAGCAGCAGCAGCACCAGCACCAGCACCAGCAGCAGCAGCAGAAGCAGCAGCAGCAGCGCAGAGGAGAGUGUGGAUGUAAGGCGGCAAACACCUGCUGCCGCCCUCGCAACAGCCGAUGCCGCAGCAACUGCAGCAACAGCAGCAGCAGCAGCAGUAGCAGCAGUAGUGGAUGGUCAGAGCCUUGGAUGCCUGCUGCUCAAGAGCAGCAGAAGACACUCGACGUACUGCAGCAGAAGCAGAAGAAGAUGAUACUGCUGCUGCAGAUCAGCAGGGCUGCUGCAGCAGCAGCGAACACCACCACCACCACCACCACCACCAGCAGCAGCAGCAGCAGCAGGACCCUUAUUCACCUGCCGCCAGUACGUGCGACAGUAGCAGCUGUAGCAGGCGUUGCAGCUGCAGCAGCCGCUGUCGAGGCAGCAACAGCAGCAGUUGCGGAUGUGGGUCUUGUUGCGGGUGCUGCUGCAGCAGCUGCAGCAGCAGCAGGUGCUGCUGCAGCGAGAACGAUGGUUGCUGCAGCAGCAGCCCGGUGCUGUUCACCUCACGUGAUGUCGCUCGCCGCUCUUAUACUGUAUAUGAUUUUCUUAUAUCUUGUCUUGGGGAUAACUCUUCUGUUUUUUUUGCUGCUGACUGUCCCCUUGCAUGCAUGCGUUUAUGCACAACAAGUGAAGCAACAUUUCGUAGCAAAGGAGCAGCAGCAGCAGCAGCAGCAGCAGGCAGCAGCUCUUCAGAUCAUCGAGACGCUUCCUUCGCAUGUUGUUGUUGCCUAUCCUGGGGAUACACCGCGCAGCAGCAGCAGCCGCAAUAGCAGCAGCAGCAGCAGCAGGGGGCAGCUGCAACAGCCUUUAGAAGAAGAGAGACACACCUUCUUAGGGCCUCACCAGCAUGACGCCUCUGUAGAUGCCGAUGCUGCAUCUUCUGCUGCUGCUGCUGCUGAAGAAGAAGAAGCAGCGGAAGCAGCAGCAGCAGAACUAGCUGUUCCGAGUGCUGCAGCAGCAGCAGCUGUAGGGGUUGAAUCUGUUGCGGCUCAGACGUGCGGAGCGAUCUCUCUGUCGGAGGUGCUGAGGCAUUUGCUGCUGUCUCUUUCUUUACCUUCUUCACAAGAGCUGUUGCUGCGAAUGACAGGCAGCAACAGCGCAUGCGUGGGGCCCAUAGGGGCCCCCGUGCUGCAGGCGUUGAUGGCAGGUUGCUGCUGGAGCUCCUUUGUUGCUGCACUGCUGCGGCAGCGAAACUACGAGAGACGCAGCAGCUUGCUGCUGCAGCUCGUCUCCCAGGGGGGAGUCUUCCACCCUGGCUCCGCAGCAGCCGUAGGCAGCAGCGGGAGCAGCAGCAGCAGCUCUGCUGCAGCAGCAGCAGCAGCGAGGGAGGCUGUCAGCAGCAACGUAUUCCCGCUGCUCUCUCCGACGCCGCCACUCGCAGAGGCCGUAGUUCUCGCGGGCUGCUAUCAGCAAGCUCUUUUUGCUGCAGCAGCAGCAGCAGCAGCGCUUGCUGCAGCAGCAGAUGCUGGUAUAGUAGCAAGUGCUGCAUCAGGUGCUCCAGCAACUGCUGCUGCAGCAGCAGCUGCUGCAGCAACUGCUGGAGCAGACGCGGGGGGCAUCGUGCUGCUGGUGGGCGCUGCCUUACUCGCGCUGCUAUCAGCAGCAAGGCGGAGCGGCUGCUGCUGCGGCGGGAGCUGCAGCAGCAGCAGCGGCAGCAGAAGCGGAAGCAGCAACACGGGGAUGGACAGCAGCAGCAUCAGCAGCAAGAGAGAAGCAACGCGCAUGCAUCUGCUGCAGCAGCAGGACCCUCAGGCUGGAGAACGAAGGCGCCACGAGGCAGCAGCGGCAGAGGCAGCAGGCGGGGAGUCUCUGUAUCAAGCGCGCUGGUUUAGGGUUUCUCUCUUGCGGUUUUGCAGCAGCACCAGCUCCAUCUCUUCCCCAGGGCGGCUGCUGAUGGGCAGGGAGACAGCAGCAAACAACGCCUCUGAGCAGAGGCAGCAGCAACUGCAGCAGCAGCAACAGCAGCAGCAGCAGCAAGGGCAGCAGCCUUUCGGGUCGAUGCCCACUGAGGAAAUGCUGCAUGAUACGCAGCAGCUGCCUUAUACAGAGUCUGGCAGCGCUGCUGCUGCUGCAGCAGCUGCUGCUGCUGGGAGUCGCCCUGGGUUCAGUACUCCUGAGACGCGCCCUUCCAGCAGGCAGGCAAGCAACAGCAACAACAACAGCAGCAGCAGCAGCAGCAGGCAGCAAGGGCAUGCGCAGCAGCAUGGAAUGCAUCGCAUGCAUGCAGAAGUUCGGCGGCACCGACGGCAGCAGCAGCGGCUUGCGGUGUAUAGGGAGCGCUUCCCUCACUUGGUUUACUCCGACACUGAGGUUACGAGUACAACUCCUUUCUGCUGCUGCUCAGCAGCAGCAGCAGCAGCAGCAGCAGCAGCAGAUGCAGCAGCAGCAGCAGCAGCGGAUGCAGCAGCAGCGGAUGCUGCAGCAGCAGGCAGCAGCCAUCCGUGGGCGCCAAAUGCAGCAGCAGCAGAAGCUGCUAGCUGGGGCUGGGGGGGAGGGGGGCCCCCUACUGUGGGGCCCCCGUACCCUCUGCACUUUCACUUGUGGGCGCUGCAUCUCAAAAGGCGGCAGCAGCAGCAGCAGCAAAAAGCUGCUGUUGCUGCUGCUGCGGCUGCUGCGGCUGCUCGCAGACGCGGCUCCGCCUGGGCCUCUCCUGCAGCAGGCAGCGGGUCGCUGCAUCAACGAACGCAGCGGCGUCACCAUCAAGCAGCAGCAGCACCAGCAGCAGCAGCAACAGCAGCAGCACCAGCAGCACCAGCAGCAGCAGCUGCUGCUGGAGAAAUGCGCGAAGAGCCCGAGUGGGGCCCCAGUACUGCUAAGCGGCCCCUCCCUUGCGGCGGCAGCCUCGAAGGAGAAGAGAUUAUCUUCUUUACUUCUGCUGCUGCUUCGGCUGCUGCUGCUGCUGGGGACGCUGCCGCAGGAGCUGGAGAAGGCAGUGCAGCAGACGUAUCCACGCCAGGCAGCAGCAGCAGCAGCAGCAGCAGCAGCAGCAGCAACAUGGCCUGCGAGGGCGCCGAGUCGCCGCCAAGCCCGGAGGGUUUGCAUCCUCCUUUGCUUGAACAAGGGCCUACAGCAGCAGCAGCAGCAGCAGCAGCAGCAGCAGAACAGUGGCACAGCGGUUUGGAGGAGUGUAUGGAGGAGGAGCAGCAGCAGCAGCAUUCAGCGUACUGCUCUGAGGGCGUGAAGCCUUCUGGUGUCUCCUCGCCUCCUUUUGUCUCCGUUGCAUCAGCUGCUGCUGCUGCUUCUGCUGCUGCUGGUUUAGCAGCAGCAGCAGGAGAAGGUAGUGUUGCUGCUGCUGGAGUACCUGGGGUUGAGGAGGGUGUUGUCUCUUGCUGCAGCAGAAUGCGUCGGAGACGUCAGAACCACAGCAGCAGGAGCAGCAGGAGCAGCAGCAGCAGCAGCAGCAUGGGACGGCGGCAUAAAAAUUGUGCAUGCAGUAUGGAGGAGGGUGUGGGGCUGCCUUUGUGGUGUCUCUACGCUGCUUCUCUUCCUUCUUCGUCUAUUCAUCCUUCUCUUUUUGUCUCUCUUGAAGAGUAUGUCCCUUUCUUUCUGUGGAUGCAACAGAAGCUGCAGGAAGGGACAACAGAUAUGGCUGAGGUGUACAGCGACCCUACGAUGGAGAUGGAGCAGCACAAAUUAUUUCUUCAAGAGACAUUUGUUUCUUCUGGUUUUGUUGCUGCUGCAGUUCAGGCGUUGGAUGCGGGUAGCGAAUCAACGCAGCGAUGUUUAUUAGAAGACUGCCGCCUCCUCGAUCGCCUUGAUGCUGCUGUUUGUGAAUAUAGAAAUAAGCAAACGCAGCUUAAAAGGCCUCCAUCUGAGGGCUUGGGGGCGAUCGUAGACCUGCUUAUACACCUCAGCCUCCUCGUGCAGCUUGAAGGCAGUGCAGCUUCUUUCUGCCCUUCUUCGCCUUCUUCUGGUGUUACAACACCACGCUUAGGUCCCUGUACACCCCGCAGCAACAGCCAGCAGCAGCAGCAGCAGCAGCAGCAGCAGCAUGCACUCACCCUGAAGCUCUUCUCCCCACGCAGCGGUGCAUUUGAUCCCGCCAAUCCGCAGGCCGCCGCUGCUGCUGCUGCUGCUGCUGCAGCAGCAGCAGCAAACCCGACAACCGCUGCUGCGACUGUCUCACCCGCUGCACUGCUGCACUCAUUGCUUCCCCCUAUUCCUAUACUACCGCCAGGAGCAGCAGCAACACCAACAGAACCACUGGCUCCUGCUGCUGCUGCUACUGCUGCGGCUGCUGCUCCUGCUGCUGCUGCUGCUGCGCCGGGGGCAACCAGGUCGGGGCUGCUGUCUCCGGAAGCAGCACACGGCUCUUUACGAUUUUCAUUUCCUGCAGCAGCCCACACUCGCCUUUCUACGCAAGACGAGCAGCAACAGCAGCAGCAAGUCCAGCAGCAGCAGCAGCAGCAGCAGGAAGGCAAUGAAGCGUUUGCUGCUGCAGAAGUAAAGCAGCAACCUAGCGGGCCUUCUUCACCUGAUGCAGCAGCAAACGAUUCUUCGCCCCAGCAGGAGACUGCAGCUGCGGAGGACAGAGGAGACAUUAGCAGCAGCAACAGCAGCAGCACCAGCAGAGAUUCCUUACCCUCUCAGCAGCAGCAGCAGCAGCAGCAGCAGCUUGCCUCGGAUUCUGUUAACUCCGCUGUUGGGAUGAUGGCCUUUUGGGGUUCGGAAGGAGGGAAUCCUUCAGAUCCUCGCAGCAGCAGCAGCAGCAGCAGCAGCAGCAGCGAUGGCCCCUCCGUGGCCUCGCCACCUGUAGCAGCAACAGCAGCAGCAGCAGCAGCAGCAGCAGCAGUGCGAGUUGUUCAGGAGCCGGUUUGUGGGGUUUCAGUUGUGGUGAGAGGAUGCGAAGGGCUGCAGCCGAUGGACAUCGACUACGCACACUUCUCCCCCCCCAACUCCCCAUCUGCUGCAGAGCAAACAGCAGAAGCCGCGCCCACCUCUGCUGCUGGGCCCCACACACCCAACAGCGAAGAAAACCCCAGCAGCAGCAGCAGCAGCAGCAAUAGUUCUGCGUUACCGGAGAGUCCGCAGCGUUUGUCUCCUCCAGACGUAGCAGCAGCAGCAGUAGCAGCAGCAACAGCAGCAGCAGCAACAGCAGCAGCAGCAGGUAGUGAUGAGCAGGCCUUCGUUGGCUUUUCAGCAGGUGCAGGUGCUUUAAGAAGGAGAGGGGUAGAGAGCUCUUCUGUCUCCUUCUCUAUGAUGGAGGAGAGCGACAGCAGCAGCAGCAGCAGCGAGGGCAGCAGCAGCGACAGCAGCAGCAGCAGCGAGGGCAGCAGUAGCGGCCGCAGCAGCAGCGGCCGCAGCAGCGGCAGCCGCAGCAGCAGCAGCAGCAACAGCAGCAGCAGCAGCAGCAGCAGCAGCAGCGAGAGGGAGGACCCUUCUUCAAGAGAUGCAACGCAGCAGCAAAGAGGGGGCCCCUGCGGUGCCUCUCUAAAUUUUGUCUCUGAGUUUUUACUCAAGUCUAAGAAAUGGCAGCGACUUCAGCGCUUUCUCGCGUAA